UUCACUUCAAACAAAAUGAGACGCGCGCUAGUUCGCCCACCGCCCGUUCACGCGCCUAUUCGACACUAACCGCCGAACAACGCACGCGGUCAAAACACUAUCAACAUAAAAUAAAAAAACAUUUUUAUAAAUAAAAAACAAAUCGAACUUGAAAAAAAACGAAGUUCUUUAGUGCAUGAACUGUGAUUAUAGGAUGAAUUGAUUUGACCAAAAAUAAAUAAUUGUCUUUGGAUUUUUAUUUUUUUUUAAAUUAAGAAUAAUAAAUAAAAAUGACAAUGGCUGGCCGUUGUAUGCUGUCUCUUCUGGUCUUGUGCUUGACUGUGAUCUGCCACAAUGGAGAGGCUGCAGAAAGUGAUAACGCGCUAACAUCGACACCGGAAUACAUCCUCCCGUGUAGCAGAAGCGAUCCUGAAAUCGACACAUGCAUCAAGAACUCGUUCAAUCACCUCCGGCCGUACUUAGCCCGAGGGUUACCGGAUCUGCAGGUGCCGCCCGUGGAGCCGCUCCUCAUCGACAGGCUCGUGAUGGAGAACUCAGCCGGCCCUGUAAGGGUUACAGCAGCGUUCAACAACAUCACUGUGGUGGGACCUAGCAAUUACACCGUUACUAAGAUCAGAUCCGACUUAAAGAAGUUGCGUAUAGACCUGGGUUUGGUUCUGCCUCGCAUCGAGAUCACAGGUCGCUACGAAGUCUCUGGACAAGUGCUGCUGUUCCCAGUACGAUCUCAGGGGGACUUCUGGGCUGCGUUCAUCGACGUGGCCGCCAUAGCCAAGAUCUUCGGCAAGGAGAUCGAAAGAGACUCUAUCAAAUACAUGAUGGCUGAUAGACUCCUCGUCGACUUUAAACUAAGGAACUCAAGGUUCAAAGUGCGGGAUACCGUCAACCACGGAAGCGUAAUUGGAGAAGCGAUGAACCAGUUCUUAAACAACAACGCGGCAGAGAUCAUCGAGGAGAUGAGACCAGCUGCCUCAGCGUCCAUCGCGAAGCAUUUCCAGUCGUUCAUCAACGCCGCCUUCACUAAAAUACCCAUCGACGUGUGGCUCAAACCCUAGUGAUGUACAAAUUAAUUAUUCAUAGUAACAGUUACCAGUGAGAGUUUCUAAAAAGGUUUUAUGAUAUGAUAUUUCUGAAUAACAUUAACACUCUAAUUAAUAUCAAUCAUUUGACCCGUAAAUCGAACCAAAAUUAUAGAUAACAUCGACUUAAGUCUUCGGAUCUUUCUGUUCCGACUCUGUUGUAGACUGUUUUUAUUUUAUAUUUGAUCAGACUGUUUAUAUUUAAUCAGAUGUCAUUGUAGUUAAUUAGUUGCCACGUAAAACCUGUGGCCGUGGUUCCGUUCACUUUCCGACAUUUUAACUUUCAUAUCAAUGAUCACAGGCCAAAAUAUUAAACUUGAUAGGCAAAUUCAAAGAAUAAAAACUACUUUUAUGUAAAUAAGUUUAUAAAAUUUCAAGGUACAAGAGCGAGAUUGUUUGCUAGUAAUUAUAUAAGUGAGAUCAAUAUCGUUCUUGGAAUAUGCACUUUUAAAAACGGGUGCGUACAUUAUGGUACUUAUUUUAUUGUUUUUUUUUUUAUGUAAGUCUGAAUAAUGCAUUUCUUGCAUAUGAGUAAUAGACAACCAAUGUGAAGGUGAUAAAGUUCCUUUCACGUUGGGUUCUAGAAUCGAUUUAAUGUAGUUUUUCCGAUUAUAUGUAAAUUUUAAUAUGCUAUGUUAUUUCGUACCUUGCGCUAAAUUUUGGAUUCUUUGAACAAAGAGAAUGACUAUAAUUAAUGUCCUCAUUCAAUACCUUGGAUAAAAUGUAAAAAUAUAACUUUUUAUCUUAUAUAUCUCUAUCAAGUAAUGUGUAUAGGCAGUGUUAUCAAGUCACUAAAAUCAUGUAUAUUGAAGAUGUUUUUUACAGUACUUUUGCAUUUUGCUUGAAGUGGUUUUAAUGACGUAAUUUAAACGUGACAAAACCAUCGAACAUUUAGAAUAGCUGGUAGCUGUAAAAUAAGUUUAUUUAUUAAGUGAUCAGUGAGCACUCUUGUAUGUUUAAGUAUUAUGAUUUAUAUUAGCAUUUAUUGUGAUGAAUAAAAAUAACAAAUAAAUAUUUCCGAUAA